AUGACAUCAGAAGUUUUCAACACAACCUUAAUACAAAACCACCUUCAUCAGACAUCAACAACACUCAAAAGCAUACAUAGAUUUCUCACAAUAAUCUCAACAUUGACUUAUUGCAUCCUCUCAUCAACUCCCCUGAGCAACAAUCAUAGAUAUGCAACGACAUCGACAAUAAAAACUCAAUCAGAAGCAAUUUCGAAUCUCAGCAGAAUCGAAGAAGGGAAGAGAGGAUUGAAUCCCAUACCUGAGAGUGUCACCGUCUCUGUCGAUUUGAACUUAUCGCUGCUGUACCAGAAAUCACCAUCGUCGAUCGAAACCAAGGGGGAUUUCAUGAAAGUGUUGAGAGAUGGUGAUGAACCGUGA